AUGGCUAAAGCCAAAAUCCUCCUAACUGGCGCCACUGGGUACAUAGGCGGAUGUGUCUUGAAUACGCUUUUGAACUCCAAGCUUACUGCUGUGCAAGCGUCGGCGAUCACCUGUAUAUUGAGAAGCGAAGAGAAAGCCAGCGAACUGGAGAAGCGUGGGGUGAACGUCUUUUUUUUCAAAGAUUUGGAUGAAACUGAUAUUCUUGCCGAAGCUGCGGGUGAAAAUGAUGUCGUGAUACACACUGCAUCUGGCUUCCACACCCUUUCCGCCAGAGCCCUAAUCUUGGGGCUUGCGCAGAGAAAGCAACGUACUGGCAGAAAAGUCUAUUAUAUUCACAAAAGAGACCAUGCCGUUCCCUAUGCCCAGCGCUCUUCCGAUAUUGUCGCUACCGAAGUCGGCCUGGAGGUUGGCGUCAAUACGUACAUUCUUAUGAUGCCUACCAUCUACGGAAUCGACACCAACCCGUCGUUCGAAUCUGGUCAUACCCGGUCUCUGAUCCGAGCUGCGCUGAAACUCGGCAAGGUCCCUGUUGUGGGAGAAGGAACCGGUGUCUGGAAUCAUGUCCAUAUCCAAGAUGCCAGUCGGUGUUACGAAAUGUUGUUAAAUCGGAUCCUCCUUGGGCAAUGGGUCCCUAGUGGAAAAGAGGGGAUCUUCUUUGUCGAGGCUGGAGAGCAUACCCUGCGGGAGCUGUUUCAGAGGAUUGCCGAUGCCGGGGUUAAGCUUGGCGCAUUGCAGACUCGUGAUUUUGAGAGUCUCUCGCUUUCUGAGGCCGCAAGACAUCUAGGGAACGGAUGGAAUUUGGUUACAGAGAUUGCAUGGGCAUCCAAUUCUCGGGUCACGGGAGAGAAGCUGAGAGAACUGGGCUGGAAACCUUCAAAGACGAGAGCCGAUUUUGAGGACCAUGCUGCUGCUGACUGGGAAGCUAUGCUUUUGUCUGAAAAGAAACUGAUGGAUUCUUGUCCAGUAUGA